CUGGGGAGACCAGAUAUAGUGAAUGCAGGGUUUAGGGAGAGCAGAUAUAGAGAAUGCAGGGUCCGGGGAGAGCGGAUAUAGUGAAUGCGGGGUCCGAGGAGAGCAGAUAUAGUGAAUGCAGUGUCCGUGGAGAGCAGAUAUAGUGAAUGCAGUGUCCGUGGAGAGCAGAUAUAGUGAAUGCAGGGGUCCGGGGAGAGCGGAUAUAGUGAAUGCAGGGUCCGGGGAGAGCGGAUAUAGUGAAUGCAGGGUCCGGGGGAGAGCGGAUAUAGUGGUGAAUGCGGGGUCCGGGGAGACCGGAUAUAGUGAAUGCAGGGUCCAGGGAGAGCGGAUAUAGUGAAUGCGGGGUCCGGGGAGAGCGGAUAUAGUGAAU